AUGUGCGCGGUCUACAACUCGAACUGGUUGCGUGCCCAUCUCUGCAACGGUGCAGGUGCCAUCUUUGGCAUGCUCGCCUUGCUCUCAAGUGCUCAGACUUUGAUCAUUGCAUCAGAACGGCUCUACUUCAGACAAGAGACAAGCCGCCCUCGACCGAGGCUAUUGGCACUGUCUUCAUAUCAGAACAAUUCAGCUUCAGACGAGGGACAACCAGCCUUCAUGAGGCUCGCCGCAAUUGAGUCUUACUGA